AUGGCUAACUUGGCUGCUAUCAGGGAGAGAUUCCUGUCAUUAAGGGAAACAAUGUCAUAUACUCAGUUUGAAGGAGAAUAUCUCAGGCGACUACAUGAUGAAUUGAAGUUUUACAUGGGAUCUGGCGAUCCAGGACUUUCUAAUUCAGCACACCUUGGAUUAAUGGAAAUGCUUUUCUACAUAGACGUUUAUUUGAGUAAGGAUGUGGAUGCGCAGGUUCUGUACAACACUCUCAGAGAUAGAUUUGGAGAAGACUCUCCCAAGCUAUAUGCCAUGAAGGCCACUCUGCUACAGAUAAAUGAUGGGGAUCAAAUUGCCAUUGAAUAUAUCGAGAAGAUGCUAAACGAAAAGCUGGAAUAUGAUACGGACUCAGUGAGUUACGUAUUACUCCAAAAAAGAUUAAUCGCGAUAAAAGCACCAGCCCACAACAAUGAAUGGUUACUGAGCCAGCUUCUGGAGCUAAGCGAAAAGUUUCCUUUAGAUUCUGAAAUAUGGUGGAUGCUAGGUAAUACAUAUAUGGAAUUAGGACAGUUUGAAAGUGCGUCUUAUUGCUACGAAGAAGUUGUUAUUUUGCUUCCCUUCAACUAUGUGGCGUUUGCACAAUUGGCUGAGGCAUUGUACUAUAAAGCCAAUCGUGUAGAUAAACUCCAGGCUAAGGUGAAUAGCACGUUACAAAUGGCCUUAAACAACGCCUUGAGAAGUGUUGAAAUAAGUGAGUUAUAUCUGAAGGGUUGGUGCUUCAUUGCAAAAAUAACAUCACUGUUGAACGAGAAAAAAGAGCUUCGGAACCUGUCUCUCUCAAAAAUUAGCGAGAUUGCAAAGUAUUCAAAUAAACAAGACCAAGUAACCGCAAAGUUGAUACUAAAUAAGCUAUAG